AUGGACAGAGGGGUGUUUGAUUGGUUUGCCGCCCUCCAAUUCUGGAAACGAAGCUUGUCAGGCGAGGAAUAUGCUUUGGAUGGCGUGGGAUGCAGGCCAGUUCAAGACUCCACUCAUCAGCCAGCAACCCAUCCGGCCGUUUUUUUGCCUCCCCGUGGCACUUCUCAGCCCUUGACAAUCAUCCUGCGAGUAGCUCAGCCAACCCCAAGCCGUGCCGGUGUAGCACGGAGGAACAGCCAAGACAAAACUUGCUCACCGGCCGAAACGCUCCCAGUGAAGAACUGCCCUUCUGGUCAAACUCCUCAAGCCAAUAACAAGUGCAUCAUGUUGUUUGGCGCCGAUAUUCCCUGCAAGGUCACUAAGACUUCGGAACGUCACGAACGCCCUUUCACAUGUUGA